AUAAACUUGUAUUGUUAAACCAUAAUAUUUGAGUUUCUGUCUUCUGUCUAUGUUCGUCUUUAACUUUUUAAAAGUAAAUUUUUCUUCAGAACGAUGCUUAUUUUUAGCUCAUGGUUUGCUUACAUAGUCAUAUUUUUGCUUGAAGAAUCCUGGAAAGUUAAAGCAAAGCUUUCAGAUCAGUUCACUUCUGAAAUUAAAGGCCAUGAUUUAUUUUUACCAAACACAAAGAGUGAUUUGCUUAAAGAACAUCAGGCAGAAGAAAAAACCCAGAGCUUGUACACAUUUGGAGUAAUAGAAGAAGGUGACAUAAAAGUCACAGAAUUGUUUCAUGAACUAAAAGCUGAGAAAAAAACAAAUUUUUGGAGCCAAUCAAGUUAUCAUUGGGAUCGUACAGCAGUUCCUUACAAAAUUAAUUCUGAUAUUAAUACAAACUUGAAAAAUCCAAGUUGUGCUGGAAUUGUUGAUGUAGGCUUUAUAAUCGACUCAUCUUGGAGUUUAAGAGACCAAUAUCAUCAAGAAAUAGAAUUCCUUAUAAAUCUUGCAAAGACAUUUAACAUAAGCAAGAAUGGUGCACAUGCAGGUGUUAUAACAUUUAGUUCCAGAGCAGUAUUGAAUAUUAAACUAAAUCAAUACUAUGAUCAAGAACAGUUUGAGUUUGCUAUUGAUGAAAUACCGUAUAUGGGUUAUGUUACACGAAUCGAUUUAGCUUUACGAAAAGCUUUAGAAAUGUUUGAUGAAAUAAAUGGAGCAAGAAAGGACAUUCCUCAACUUUUGUUUUUGUUAACAGAUGGUGAACAAUAUGCAGGAGACGGCGUUGUAGAUGAGAAUCCUGCAAAUGUAGCGCAACUUGUACGAGAUAGAGGUAUUGAAAUUAUUGCUGUUGGAAUCGGUUCUGGAGUAAAUCAAUCAGAAUUAAAUAGUAUUGCAGGUUCAAGUGAAAAGGUAUUUUUGGCAGAAAACUUUGAUGAGUUGAUAAACAAGAAUUUUUUAAAGAGAAUAAAAGAUGGCACCUGUUUAGGAAACACUGAAAACGAGUUUAAGCUUCAUAAAAGUAAUCUACUUGCUACCUUAUCAGUUAUUGAAGAAGAAUUCAUUAUAUCUUUUGAAAUAAAACCAACUCUUUAUUCUCGUGGUCUUCAUAGUGUCUUUCGGAUAGAAUUGGAAAAUGAUAGAUAUAUAGCAGUUUUGUUUUCAGAUGAUGGAAGUGGAACUCUUAUUAUUAAAUCAGUAUUUGGUACAAUAGAUGAUGAGAUUCAAUCAAAUAAUAAUAUUUUACUUUCAUCUUGGACUGCAGUAAAAAUAUCUCAACAGCGUUUAAAUAAUAAAUACACUUAUAUGGUUGAAGUAGGAGGUAGAGUUUUAUUUUCAAAAGAAAACUUAUUUGCAAAAUCAUUUUCAUCUGUAGCUGUUUAUGCUGCAGAUAAAGAAAAUGUUCCUCAAGAUGGGUUCAUCCGGAGUUUGAGCAUUAAGAAUGGGAAUGAAGGUUUUAUUUUGAAACAAGAAAAGUCUUUAAUGGAAAAAACAGUUAUUGCAACGUUACCAAAAUUGGAGAAUGAAUUUGUGUUAUCAUUUGAUGUUCGUUUUAACUCUGUUCAAGAUUUAUAUUAUAAUGUUAUUAAGUUUUCUGGAUCUACAUCUUCUGGUAUUUAUCCAGCUUUUUGGUUUCAUAAAAGCAAAAAUAGUAAAUCAUUAAGUGCUUCAACCUUAGUAAACAAUAAGCUAGUUAGUUUUGAUCAGUAUCCAGUCUCUUUUAAUACUUGGAGUAAAGUUUUGUUAUCACAAAUAUUAACCCAAGGUGCAUACAUGUAUUCUAUUAAUAUAAAUGGUGUGGAAGUGUAUUCAGGAAAACAAAUGCCAGUAGACUUGAACUCUAUAAUGGUUCAUGCAUCUUCUCCUGAUGAUACUGCACAAGCAGGAUUAAUAAGAAACUUAAAGAUAGGUCAUGGGAAAAAAGGCACAUUACAUCUUGAAACUCCAGAUUGUGAAGGCUUUUUUGAUGUUGGUUUUAUUCUUGAUUCAUCUGGAAGUCUAAAAUCACAGUACUGGAAAGAGAAAGAUUUCUUAAAAAAGCUAGCUAACAGUUUUGGUAUAAGUAACAAAGGUUCACAUGCAGGUGUUGUAACAUUUAGUCAUUAUGCUGAACUAAGUAUUCGACUAGAUGCAUUUUAUUCUAGUAUCGAUUUCAAUGAUGCUGUUGAUAGAAUAAGUCAUAUGGAUUCAUUUACUCGAAUUGAUUUAGCAUUAGCUAAAGCGUUAGAACUAUUUGAUAUAAAAAAUGGUGCAAGAAAUGAUGUGCCUAAUCUUUUGUUUUUGCUAACAGAUGGUAAACAAGAACCUGAAAUGCCAUUAACACAUAUAUCUGAUGAAAUAAAACAGAAAGGUAUUCAACUAUUUGCUGUAGGAAUAGGAGCUGGUGCUAACAAAACUGAGCUUGAAAAGAUUGUGGGUAACCCUGAAAAUGUGUUUAUGGUAGAUGAUUUUGAUAAAUUACUUAAUGGAGAUUUUUUAAAGAAGGUUAAACAAGGAAGUUGUUCUUCAGUUUUGGAAAAUCUUAAGAAAGAGACUGAGUUAAAAAAAGACAACUUACUUGUUACAUUAUGGUUAAAAAAGGAGUUUAUUGUUUCUUUUGAGAUAAAACCUACACUUUAUUUACCUGGUUAUCACAGUGUCUUAAGAUUAGAGAUUGGAAAUGGUAGAUAUAUAUCUGUUUGGUUUUCUGAACUUGGGGUUGGAAUUCUAGUUAUAUCUUCAGUUUUUGGUACAAUAAAAAGUGAUGUAGAAUCCAAAAAACGUAUCCCUACAAAUGAAUGGACCUCAAUAAAAAUAUCUCAGCAAAUUAUUAAUUUCAAAUACAUGUAUGCAAUUGAAAUUGCUGAAGAUAUUAUUUUUUUUGAAGAAAACAGUUUACAAGAAGAGUUUACAAGUGUAGGUGUAUAUGCAUCAGAAAGUGACCAUCUUUCACAAAGUGGAUUUAUUCGAAAUCUGAAAAUAAAAAAUGGAAAUGAAGGUUACAUGCUUCGAAAAGAAACUCAAAUUGAACGUGGAAAAUUACUUGGUGCUAUUGCAGAGUUAGAAAUGGAGUAUGAAAUUUCUUUUGAAGUUAAACCUGAAAAUAAAGAAAGUUUGCUGAAUGUUUUCCAAAUAACAUAUUCUGGGAGUAGCGGUGGGGCUAUGAGUUCUGGGAGUAGCGGUGGGGCUAACAAUGAGUUAUUAUCAAUGUGGAUUGAUGAAGAGCACUUUGGAAAACUUACAUCAGAAAACAAAAAUUUUGUCAUGAAUUUUCCGGAUCAAAUGCCAACUGAUAAAUGGAUGACAAUUCGAAUAGCUCAGCAGUUUUUUAAUAAUAAAUAUUUGUGUGAAGUUGAUUUAAAUGGAAAAGAAAUUCUCUCUACAGAAACUUUGAAUGCUGAUUAUUUUACUGGUUUAACAUUUUAUGCAGCUAGUCCUAACUACAACUCAGCAUCAGGGUUUAUACGUAACAUACUAUUAAUUAAUGGUCAUAUUGAUGUUGAAUUGCGUAAAGUUGUAAUUGCAGCAAUCAGUGAUUUCAAUGAUUUUACAUGCGUAAAGUUUGUUCCUCAUGACAACCAGAACGAUUACUUGUCAUUUGUUGCUAAGGAAGGAUGUUUUUCAGAGAUUGGAAAGGUUGGAGGAGAGCAAAAAAUUAGUGUUGGGACUGAAUGUAGAUGGAAAGGUACUGUGUCUCAUUUGAUUAUGCAUUCACUAGGGUUUCUUCAUGAAACCUCACGCAUCGAUCGAAAUAAAGCCAUUACUGUUCUGGAAAACAAUAUGGAUUCUAAGUUUAGAAGUAAUUUCCACACCUAUAACGCUGACCAAACUCUGGGUUUACAUUACGACUACUUUAGUAUUAUGCAUUAUGGGGCUUAUGCUUUUUCUAAUAAUGGUCAACCAACUAUAAGAUCUUUAUUUCCAAAUAUUGGAGUGGAUAUGUUAGGUCAGCGUGAUGGGUUUAGUGAAUUAGAUAUUAAACGUAUUAAAGAAGCAUAUAAGUGUGAUAAAGGUAAUACAGAUUCAAUGCCAAUAACAACUCCAAUAUCGUUAACAACGCCUUUUUUAACAACACCAGCUUCCUUGCCACCUCAAACAACUACAACACUACCUCCAAUUACAUCAUCAGCAUUAAUUACGACAAAAAAGCCUAAAAAGGCGCCUGUAAGGCCGAUAACGCCAUCAUUGUUACCUACAACAGUACCAACAUCUACUUCAUCACCUGUGUCACCUCUAAUACCUACAACGUUACAACCAUUAACCACACCACCAACAUUACCUUCAACAAAAAUCCCUAUACAAACGUCUAAACAACCAUCACCAUCGUUACCAAGUACAUUGUCAACACGAACAACAAAAAAAUCAUUUACCGAUGGAGAUUUAGAGCCUACAUCAGCUAUUACGCUUCCGCCUUCAAAAACUCCUUCUAGAGUAAAGAUUGCGACUGAGAGACCUUGCAAACAAAAAUAUUAUCCUUGUUGGCCCUUUGAUUUUUCAAUAUCUCUGAAAGUUAGUCAACCAUGCUGUUCGGGCUUAAACAUCCCUCAAAAUUGCAAAUGUCACUGUUUAUUGCUAAACUCACAACAAGCUGGAAAAAAAACUGAAGAUAAUUUCCUUUGUUAUAAAAAAAGCUUGAAAAAUCCUGGUUUUAUUUUAUCUGAAAAUAAACAUCCCUUGAAAAAGUGCAUUCGGCUUCCUACUGUCCUCUCUCCAUCAAAAAAGUUCUUGUGUUAUUCUCAUGAACCCGGAUAUCGUUUGCGUUGGUCUGACGUCUUUCAUAAUGAAAACUGUAUCCAGUCGACGGGGGAACAUUUAAAUCACGCAACAGUUUUAUGCAACGAUUUUUAAAGUCUUUUGCUAUUUUGAAUUUGCAGUUUGGUAUGCAAAAUUUUACCCGUUAUCUCGUUUAAAUGAUCAAUUUAUCGUAGGCUGAUACGGGAAUAAAAUUGUAAACCUAAGGAAGAGCAGUGAUGAGGAGAGUAAAGAACACUUACAAUAUGAAUAUGAUUGCAUAUUUUUUUUAAAUAUAUAUUUUUUAAUUUC